UCCGCCUGGUGGCGUGUGAGGAUCUGGCGGCGCAGGGCGAAGUUCAGCUGUGUGUGUUCUCGGGUCAGAGCUCCAGGCCGCUGCUUGUCUCUCCGCGAUGCUCCGGUUAACGGCGGUCUCUCGGCAUCUCUCUGCGGGGAGAAGCGAGCCCUCCGCCCGCAUGCAGCCCUGCAGCGCUGCCGCCCGGCCGGACGAUGUGGUGGUGGUUCACGGGUUACGGACUCCGAUCGGAAGAGCUAAGAGAGGUUCAUUCAAGGACACUACUCCUGAUGAGCUGCUGAGUGCAGCGAUGAGCGCAGUUCUGAAGGAUUUGGGUCUCUCACCAGAGAAGGUGGGAGAUACAUGUGUUGGCAAUGUAUUACAGCCUGGAGGAGGAGCCCUGGUGGCAAGAAUUGCCCAGUUUCUCAGUGGCUUUCCAGAAACCGUGCCUGUCCACACAGUAAACCGACAGUGUUCUUCUGGACUGCAGGCGCUUUUCAACAUAGCAGGUGGAAUCAGGAAUGGCUCCUUUGAUUUGGGUCUUGCCUGUGGGGUGGAGAGCAUGAGUUUGCGUUCUGUUGGGAACCCUGGAGACCUCAGCUCCAGACUGAUGGAUGUUGAAAAGGCCAGAGACUGUAUCAUCCCGAUGGGAAUCACCUCAGAGAAUGUUGCAGAACGGUUCGGCAUCAGCAGAGAAAAGCAGGACUCCUUUGCUUUCAGCUCUCAGCAAAAGGCAGCCCAGGCUCAGAAACAGGGCCUGUUUGAGCAGGAGAUUGUUCCAGUCACCACCAAAUUUGUGGAUGAGAAUGGAACGGAGCGCACAAUCACAGUAACCAAGGAUGAUGGCAUCCGUCCAGGCACCACAAUGGAAGGCCUGGCCAAACUGCGUCCAGCCUUCAAGGAGGAUGGAAGCACCACAGCAGGUAAUGCCAGUCAGGUGAGUGAUGGAGCAGCAGCUGUGCUGGUGGGCCGCAGGUCUACAGUGGAGGCUCUUGGUCUGCCUGUUCUGGGAAUCCUGAGAGGCAGUGCUGUGGUGGGUGUUCCUCCAGAUGUAAUGGGCAUUGGCCCUGCUUAUGCCAUUCCAGAAGCCCUGAAGCAGGCAGGUUUGACAGUGGAUGAUGUUGACGUCUUUGAGAUCAAUGAGGCCUUUGCUAGUCAGGCAGUGUAUUGUGUCGAAAAACUGGGAAUUCCCCUGAGGAAAGUGAACCCCAAUGGUGGUGCCAUUGCUUUGGGACAUCCAUUGGGCUGCACAGGAGCCCGCCAGGUCGUGACCCUGCUCAAUGAGCUCAAACGCCGGCACAAAAGAUCAUAUGGUGUGGUGUCCAUGUGCAUUGGAACUGGGAUGGGAGCGGCUGCAGUGUUUGAGUAUCCUGGACAGUGAUGAGGAACACAUCUCAGAAAACCAAGCUGAAAACUACUAAUGGGAAGCAUGCUCAUGAUUGAGAUCAGCAUGCAGAGAAUGACUAAUUGAUCUAAUUGAACACUAAUAUCUGGAUACAGAUUCAGAGCUUGCCACUGUAAUAGACUGAAACAUAAUGACUUUAAAGGAGAGAUUUAAUCUGUAAAUCAAAGAUGAUGCAUUGGUAAAGCGUAACAAUGAUUAUGAUAGCUAAAGACAUUAGCUAAACACUGAUUCUUUUAGUUUAAACAUGCCUUAACUAGAAAAAAAAGUUUUUCACCUUUUUUUAAUAUAAUUAAUGUUGACUGUGAUGUUGAAUUAACUUUUUUAUAUCUGCUCUUCUAAUAUGUUGAUAUCUUUUUCCGUGUGGUCUCAAAUGGUAGGAUUGCACAUAGAGCUGUACAUUAUCAUAAAGUGGACCCAUUUUAUUUUUUAUUCAUAAAUUCAGUAUCCCAGGUUUUGUCCAGUGUAUGUACAGAAGCUACAAAGAUUUCACACUCUUGACCUACUAAAUGCAGGUUAAUAAUUAAUGUUGGGAGAUGGACCACAGCUGAAGUUCUCCCCGCUACCUGCCAGUCUACUCAGUGCUCCUCUGUUCACAAAGCCUAAUAACUUAAAGUUUCCUAUUUCUUUUUCUCUUACAGUCAAAAUAUAUUCUCCUAUAUUACAAUAAUAAGUAAUUUGCAGGAUAUACCAAAUUGUGAGAUACACACUGAAUAGAAAUCUGUUUUAAAUUACUGUGAAUUUGCCUUAUUGUUAUUAUAGAAUGGGGGCUAUUCAACGAUUUAUAUAAAAAGACAACCUACUAUAUAAAUGUAAAUGUUUUGUGAAUAAUGAGAAAUUUCAAAUUUCUCCAUUCAGGUGACAAGUCCCAGAAUGUGGAUAUUCCAGAGCACUAGAAACGCACACCCAAGGUUAUUGUAACAGACACUGGUUGACAUCUUUAGAUAGCUUUUCCAUUUCCUAGGUUUCUUUUUUUCAAAACAAACGUUUAUUUUUUUUUUCCCUAUUUUUUUUUAAGAUAAUUCCUAUCAAUGGUACCACACAGCCAAUGACUUCUUUCUACAGCUCUUAAUAUCAUUGACUGGCCUUUGUUUUUUCAAAUGAACUGCCUUUUCUAAAUGAGAGUAAUGUAUUUUUCAAAUAAAUAACAAAUGAAUGUACAAAUUAAAA